UCACAAACUGCAUCACAGUUUCAGACAAUUCUGGAUUUAGGGUUGGGGCACCCAUUGUCUAUAUCAGAGGCAUUGAAUACAAUUGUCCCUGCUGAUAAUGACAAACAUUACACACAACACAAUGCAAUGCACACAAUACAGCAUACAUCGAUAUGGUGCUGGGGAUGAACAUGCCCCCAAUUCCCUCUGUUUCCCACACCCCUGAAAGGUGUUGAAAAGUAAUUAAACACUCCGGGGGUAUUUCUAUUGUACUGUAAUUUUUAUCUUAACCAACAUUCAUUCAUAAGCUACAUUACCCUACCUCUUCUGUGCUGGUUUAGUUAAAAUAUGCUGCCCACCUUAGAGGGCGUUCCUAUUGUGUCCAUUCUGCUUUUCGCACAUAGCGAGGAGGUGUUUCGUUCUCAGAUCAUUAAGACAAAGAUGAUUGGUCCUUAGCCUAUCAUUACAUCCCUGCCUAUUUGUAAACAAGAUUCGAAAGAGCGUCACGUCCACUAACACACUGGUGGGAUAACUACGUAAGGGCUUCACCUGCCCCAGCAAGCGUAUUGAGGUUUGGCACGUGCGGCGCUCAUUUGCUUGGUAUUACUAUCUGUGGACUUCUAUUUCACGACGUCAAUGAGCACCAGAGACGCUAUCACAGUAACGCGACAUGGAUCUCAACCAGAAUGUAAAAUACAAAAUCGUGGUUGUCGGGAAUAGCCAGUGUGGAAAAACUGCUUUACUUCAUAUAUUUGCAAAAGACUGCUUUCCAGAGAGCUAUGUUCCCACUGUAUUUGAGAACUACACUGCCAGCUUUGAAAUCGACGGACAACGAAUUGAACUUAGUCUGUGGGACACCUCAGGAUCAGCCUACUAUGACAAUGUUCGACCCCUCUCCUACCCUGACUCUGAUGCGGUCCUCAUCUGUUUUGACAUCAGUAAAGCAGAGACCCUGGACAGUGUCCUUAAGAAAUGGAAACCUGAGGUGAUGGAGUUUUGCCCCAACACCCAGGUUUUUCUGGUUGGAUGCAAGUCAGACCUUCGCACAGAUCUGUCCACAUUGGUAGAACUUUCGAAUCACCAGCAGAUACCAGUGUCAUAUGACCAGGGUUCAAACGUGGCCAAGCAGAUCUCGGCCCCGUACCUGGAGUGCUCGGCCAUGCAGUCUGAGAACAGUGUGAGGGAUAUUUUCCACGUGGCCACUCUGGCCUGCGUCAACAAGGGCCACAAGAAUGUGAAACGCCCGAAACCCUCCAAGGCCACAAAGAGGAUCUCCCACAUGCCCGCCCAGCCUGACUUGGCUGCUGUGCCAUCAGAUAUACGCAAAAACAAAACCAGAAGCUGUACUGUGAUGUGAGGAGAUGGACCUGAUGGUGUUCAUAUGAAGCAGGACAACAGGGCAGAGGAGGACAGUAUUUGAAGGAUCCUGGGAUACGGUGCCAGUUGUCUCUGAAUACCUCCUGGGAGGGGUUCUACACCUUAACACGUGUGCAUCUCACCCAGGCUAUUGGUUAUUGACUGGCCACCAGAACUACAGCCAAGAUUUAAAGAAACAACAGAGUAAAGAUGCUCUGGAUGUCAGCGUCCUGGUAAGAAGACUAGACAUUGCUUCUGGAUGUAGUCUACUUGUCAGUCAUCACAUCACGAAAGGAGUGACAAACCAUCACUGUGUUUGAGGUCUUAUUCUGAGAAUGGUUCAAUUAUUUAUACUGAAAAAUUAGUGGAUUCUUUUUUUUACCUACUUUCCAGGAUGUUGUUAUGAAAUACUUCUGCCUUCCAGAUCUUUUGUCCUCUUUACAUACCAAAGAGAAAUCCUGACAGUUUGUUGAUAUUUCCAAACCUUCUACAGUAGCUUGAUAUCGGAGGGUUGCUGUGGACUGUUCUGGUAGAAACCUCCGUUAAGAAGAUAUGUACAUCUUUUGGAACCUGUUAUGCCAGUAGAACCGCUCCAAACCUCAACUUCAGUGCCUAAGUAAAUGGGUUCGUGAAUUUAACAUGUCGGCUAGAUGAAGUUGUGUUUUAAGUCUGUGAACAUUAUAUCCAUGAGUAAACAGCUAUGCAAAAGAAGUAAGAUUCUGAUUGGCAAAUUGUAUAGCCACCACAUACAACUAUCAGUCAUUGGCCUUUUUGGCAUCCUGUCUUUCGUCAUAUCAGUCUGCUAUUAUAGGUCAUCCUGGGAGUAAUCUCAUAACAAUACAGUCCUGCAAUAUUUGACAGAAUCUGGUGACGAGAAACUGAAGCUGACCUUUGCGUGACCCCAAGGAUUGUUUUUAUAUUACUACUUACAGUACCUGUCCUGGAACUUCUCAAAACUGUUCAGCCUGUAAGACCUCAGCCUUUCACAGGGCAGUAUAUGCGCUGGUGCAUUACAUGGUCCCUCAAGCCAUUUCUUUCAUUGCAUUUAUACAUUUACAUGGCAUGAAAAGAAAAUUACAUUUGGAAUAGUGAAGUCAUGAAAACCAUUGGCUUUUAGACGUCUGCCAUUUGAAUGUCUGUGGUUAGAUUUUGUUUUUGAAGUAUUUAUUUAAGUUAUUUUUUUUUGAUCUGCUUGUAAUAAAUGUCUGUUAAGAGUAUUUUCAGUAGCUUCCCUUUCUUUGUAGUCAACACAAUCACAGUUCAAGGUUAUGAAUAGGAAAGUUUGCUAUAUUUGGUGCACAACUGAAUUUAUGUGGAAGGAAGUUAACUUGUUUCAGUGCAAUCAGGUGACAAUGAUGCUUAAUAGGUUUUUUUUUACUUCACA